UAAAAUCCUUUUGGAAAAAAAAAUAAAAAAACCGUUGACAGGUUGGAAACUUUGGCAUUUUUCAGCUCUCCGGGCGAUUCUGAGGUUUUUCAGUCUCGCUAAUCUCAUAAGCUCACUGAAUCGGUAAUUUGGAGCUGAGAGAGAGAGAGAGGAAGAUGGGGCAAGCUGUAGUGGGAUUCUCUGUGAUUGCUUGCUUUUUCCUUCUCCAACUAAGCACUGCUAAUGUUGUUCUCCAACCAUCUGGAAUUCUUGUCGCCGACCUUCCCGCCAAAUUUGCUGGUGCUGUCAGUAGCCCUGAAAUAUGUGGAGUUUUGCUUGUGUCGGACCCUUUGCAUGCCUGCUCGCCUCUACGCAAUGGUCUUCAAGCAAGUGAAACCGAUAUAACGAGGUUUGCUUUAGUAGAAAGAGGUGAAUGCACUUUUGAGGAUAAAGUGCAACACGCUCAAAAUGCCGGAUUUCAUGCUGUGAUUGUUUAUGAUGAUAGGAAAGAAAAAUUGGUUCACAUGAUGAUAAACAGCAAGAAUGUUACAAUUCGUUCUGUAUUUGUUUCGAAAGCAUCUGGUGAAAUGCUAAAGGAGCAUGCUCGUGGGGAAGAAGGGGAAUGCUGCAUCUUCCUAUUGCCAAAUGAAAAGGCCUGGUUGGUGUUUGCUGUAUCGAUCUCAUUUCUAACCGUAUUGGGUCUCCUUAUAAUUGCCUACUGUGCUCAGAGAGACUGGCGCUGGCCCUAUUCUCAAGGAAGAAACCAGCUUCCUGAAAGUGCGGAUACCGAGAUUGUUGAUGCUCUCCCUUGCUUCACAUUCAGUUCUGCUGGUUUGGAUGAAUCCCACAAUGAAGAAACUUGCGCCAUCUGCCUUGAGAAUUACAAAGAUUCCGAAAUUCUUAAAGUUCUUCCCUGCCAGCAUGAAUUUCAUUCAAGUUGUGUGGAUUCAUGGCUGAGAAAAUGGGGAAGAAACUGCCCAGUGUGCAAGCAUGAUAUACGAAUGAAAAUUGCGACUGCCGAGAUCAAGAGAAAAUCCUGCUCGGGAUCGGAGGUUGUCACCGUUGAUGUUCAAGAAGCCAAACAUCUGCUCGAAUCUGGCUAUGGUUAUUUGGAUGUUAGGACGGAGGAGGAGUACAAGAAAGGGCAUGUGGAUGUAAAGAAGAUUUUGAACAUUCCUUACAUGUUCAAUACACCUGAAGGAAGGGUAAAAAAUCCCCAGUUUUUGGAAGAGGUUUCAUCUGCUUGCAAAAAAGAUGACCUUCUUGUUGUGGGUUGUCAAAGUGGUGUCAGAUCCCUUUAUGCAACUGCUGAUCUUCAGGCUGCUGGUUUCGAGCAUGUGAGGAACAUGGGAGGAGGCUAUCUUGCUUGGGUCGAGCAUAAUUUUCCUGUUACUAAGCCGGAAGACGCUGACCAGAAAAAGCCAGAAGAUGAGCUACCAAAAAAGGAAGAAGAUGUGGACCAGCAGAAGGAAACAGAAGCAGAGCUCUAAUUUCUUGGGUGGCAAGUAAUAUCUAUAUCUGUACUCUGAUUUUCUGUGUGGAUAGUGUAUGGCAUGUACUUGAGGAAGAAUGUAUCACUUCCAAGUAUGAGGAAGGGGAAUAAAAUCAUGGUUACGUAA